GACACAAAGCACAAGCGACUUAAAGAUGAUGAACCUGGACCCCUGAAUCUCGGGGACUUGGAAGGAUUGAAGCCCGAAUACUUAUCAAACAUCGUGGUCAAUGAAUGGAAAACAAACAAGUCAGAUAAGGACGCUUACGAGCUACUGAUCAUGUCACCCACUGGAAUAGAGCGCCUAGAUCAGAGCAAGCAACAGUUUGAGGACAAACUUAGUCCAUCUGAUAUUGACCUGUCAGUUGCCAUGGCAACCUCAGCCGCUGCCGUUGCUAGUAACAUGGGAUCAUACGAUAAGUCCACGGAAGGUUUUAAACAGCUGCAAACCGUGCUCGGACUGGGGAUGGGUUCUUCUUUGGUGUCUGAUCUCCACUCUCUGCAAAGAGAAUCUUGCCUUUUUAAGAUACUUCCCUUAAUUGUGGAGGUGAUUCGUGUCCUUCCCCUGGUAACCUUUCCAGUUGUUUACUUCGCUGGAGGAGACGAGAAGUGGGUCGAAAUUGGUGUUGCAAUAUUUUGGGUUUUGCUGUUGGUGUUAAGUAUUAUAUCCGUCCAGAGGACUGGGGAUGAAAAUCCCGGACAUGUAGAGAAAAUAACGAGAUGGUUCAUUGUCCACGUGGGUUUCGUUCGGUUUUUAAGACAAAUGUUUUUUGUGACGAAUGUUGGUCCUUCCCCGCCCGCUAUUCUGCGACUCAGUGAUGGCGGCCAUAUUGAAAAUCUUGCCAUACUUCCGCUAUUGAAGAAACGCUUAAAGAAAAUCGUUGUGGUAGACGGAGGCCAAAAAGAGUCUGACCAAGAAUGGGGAGACUCCUUACUAACAGCCCUGUCUUUAGCACGUCAAAAACUGGAUUGCUCCUUCAUUGGUUUGGAUGGCCGUGACGUCAUAGAGGACCUGAAAAAUAAGUUUGUCAACAAGCCACUGGGACACCAGCCAAGAAGUUACAGGUUUAAGGUCCAUUACUUUGAAAACGAAACAGUUCUUGAAGAGGCAAGAAAAGUCGGUGAGGGAGAAAUUCUGUUAGUCUCUCCAAGACAUCCUGACAAGGGACUCAAAAGACAAGAAUGCGUGACAUGGAAAGAAUCGCUGCGUGACGUUGACUUAGAAGCAGGUGAGUGGGGACUGGGUCCACAACUGGAUGCAAAAGAAGCAGACAAAUUGACCUUUUGCUGCUGUGAAUGUUGCCAUAGCGACUCUCUUCAAAGGCUGUCAAAGAUGAUGUGUGGCACAUUCCCUCAACACACCACGGCCAAUCAGUUUUUCACUCCACGCAUGUUUGCUGCCUAUCACUCGGAAGGGUAUAACGCAUGCGUUGAAGCUGAGGCCGCAGAGUUUCUGGGCACUGCUCGGCAAGGAGAAAUUAAAGGUCAGAAUCAAUUUGGAAUGGGAGUUUAAACUCUGAUCGACGAGAGCGAACUGUAAAUUUAAACAGGAACAAUGUAGCUGUAAGAGAUUAAUAACGUGAAAUUGUACAGUGCAUGUGCCGGGAGGAAUUUAAAGCGAGCACUGAAUUACCUUGAAGUAUUUUAGUAAAGGCACGAGAAUCGUUUUUCCAUAUAGCGAGUUCAUAUGAUAUUGAUGAUUACUAUAACAAAAAUUCAUGUUGCUAAAAUAUCUAUUUAUCUAUUUAUUCAUAUCUAAACGUUUAACAGAGUUAAUAUACCGAGUUCAAAUGAUAUUGAUGAUUACUAUAACAAAAAAUUUAUGUUGCUAAAAUAUCUAUCUAUCUAUUCCAUCUAAACGUUAAACAGAUGACGAUUAAAUCUACACUGCGAGGAACAUUGUUUAUGAAAAUGCAAACAUAUUUAUUGAAUUUUAUUUAUUGAAUUAUGACACCAUUGCUGACCAAAUCUCCGGCCAUAUUUAACUGGUUGUAAAUCAGAUUUUUCAAUUUUCUACAUUUUCUUCUGGAUGUUAAAUUCAUUCUUAUAUCAUUCUAUUUUACUCUUACGUUAACAAUAUUUAAUGCAUUUAAGGCCUCACU